GAAAAAUCUGAAUUUGUAAGGCGGCUAACGAUACGGUUUCUGGUUUGCUCUGAGACUUCCGCAUGCGCAUAACUAUUUCAUUAUAUGGAAAAGUCAUUAUGAGGAGAAAAAUCCAAUAUAGUGAGAAAAAAAAUCAUUAUAAUGAAAAAAAAGUCAUUAUAAUGGGAAAACAUGCAUUAUAAUGAGAAAAAAGGCAUUAUCAUGAUUAUAAAUAAGAGUGCGUGACACCCAACGUGACACCAGGGCAAGGAGAGUAGUUUAUAAUCCUUGACACCAGGGUGCUUUCGUAGGUUCGCUAUUUCAAUAAGGUUUUUUUUUCAGGCUCGGCCGGAGAUUUUGAUUGUUUGGAAGUCUCAAAGCAAAAUGAGGAAACUGUAUCGCUAGCCGCCUGUCUAAAUUUGCAAAUCCGGAGUCUCCGGCAGUCUCCGCCUCGCCUCAGUCGCCUCUCCCUCUCUCCCAUUUCGUCACAAUCAGCCGUUUGGUAGUUGUUGUAUGAUCUUGACACUCUUGUCCAUUUUCUCUUACUUUUCCAGCGCAAUGGCGGCCACACGUGAAAGAACUUUUAUCAUGAUCAAGCCCGACGGUGUACAAAGGGGUCUUGUUGGAAAAAUCAUCAAAAGGUUCGAACAGAAAGGUUUCAAACUCGUAGCUCUUAAAUUUAUGUGGCCUUCUGAAGAUCUCCUUAAACAACACUAUGCUGACCUAGCAGGCAAACCAUUCUUCAAUGGUCUAGUCAAGUAUAUGAGCUCUGGCCCUGUUGUGCCCAUGGUAUGGGAAGGGCAAGGAGUUGUCAAGACUGGGAGAGUACUCCUUGGUGCCACCAACCCUGCAGACAGUGCUCCUGGGACCAUUCGUGGUGACCUCUGCAUACAAGUCGGCCGUAACAUCUGCCAUGGUUCUGAUGCUGUUGAGUCUGCCAAGAAGGAGAUUGCUCUUUGGUUCACUGAGAAAGAGGUAGUUGGAUGGACCCCUGCUUCUGAAGGUUGGGUGUAUGAAGAUUGAGGCAAUGCAGUGAUAUUUAUGGUUUAAGCUUUACUUAUUGUAAUUUUACACAAUAAAAAACCUUGGUCCACUAAAAACAAUUGUGUAUUGAUAAAAUAACAUUAUUAUCUCAUGCCACCUUAUACAUUGACCAGCUCAAUGUGCAAAAUGACCCCAGGAAAUGAGUAGUCAUGAUAAUAUGUCAACUGUAGCUAGUUGAUUUAAAAAAUGUAUUGUAAUAACUCAUGCUUUAUUAAAAAAAUUUACACAUAAUUGAUGAUGAUAUUUCAAAAGAAUAUUCUAGCUUGUUCUAAUAUACUCUUUCCUUCAUGAAACUUAUUCCCAUGAUCUAAAUAAGGGGGAGUAAAUUCUCUGUAAGCUAAACACACUCUUCUAGUUUGGAUAUCUUCCCUCAAUACUUGAUGUUCCCAAUCAUACCUUGCAGCACCAUACAAAAUCAAUAGGGAUUUCCUAGGCAUAGGUAUCCUAACUACAGGGUACUCCACAUUCUUUUCAAGUGGUUUCACAACAUAUCUUUCAUUGCUAGUAUUAAUUUUUCCAUCCACAUUCAACACAGAUGGGUAUGUUUGAAUGCAAUCAAGAUUAUACCUAUCUGGUUUGUUGUUAUAUGUCAUUGUUAACACAGAAUCUGAUAACAAAUUCACUGUGACAAUUCUUUCACCCCAGAUCCAACAAUCAUCAAUAUGGGGAUCUAUAGAAGCACCUCUUUCAGGGGUGUAUUCAAGGGAACAUUGCUCAAUUGUUUGGAAGCAUUUCAUGAUGGGUAAACCUGAAAACUUAUCUUGUACAAAUUUGGUUGAAGCUGGAAACCCACUGAAUUCACCAAGUCUCAGUUUUUUCUUCUUGAAAUUGCAUUUUGGGCCAAAGUUCUGUUUCCUUCUACCACUCUGUGACAAAUCCCAUGGAAUAUCAUCAAGACUGUUGAUCAACUUCAAUUCUUCUAUGUCAGAAAGAAAAUUUAGAUCAAUGUAGACACCAGGAAAGUCUAAAGAUUUCCCUGUAUGAUUGGGAUGUUCAGUUUGUUUAAAAUUCCACCCUUCCCAAGCUUUGUUGCAUAUAGGGCAGUAAAUGAAUGAUGAACCACUAGAAUCUUCACAUAGUGAGUUACCUUCCACUGGAAUGUUGAAGUCCUUUUCACAAAUGAGACAUGUUCGCCUGCCUUUGCAUCCACAAGGGCGUGGUUUAUCCAUGUAAAAAUAAUAUAUGACAAUAAUAAAUCCAGAAAUCUAUCUCACAAAUGUUUGAAUAUCCUGGUUUGAAUAUCUG